AUGCGGCCGGGGGGCGCGCUACUCGCCCUGCUCGCCAGCCUACUGCUACUGCGCCUUCUCUGGUGCUCGGCCGACACGCCCGCCCGCUCCAGGCUCUUGGAGGAAAGCAGAGAGGCCACCUACGGCACCCCCGCAGCGCUGAGGUUGCUCCGGAGCCCUUCGACCCCCGUACCUCGCACCACGAACAGCACAUAUCUGAAUGAGAAGUCACUCCAGCUGAUGGAAAAAUGCAAAAAUCUGCAAGAUAGCAUUGAAUCUCUAUCUAAGAAAAGGAAAGGGUAUUCAGAGGAUGACUACCUUCAGAUUAUCACAAACGUACGGAACUGUCCUUGGAAACGACAAGCAGAAGAAUAUGAAAAUUUUAGAGCUGAGCUUGCUUCCUGUUGUGAUGCUGUUGAAAACUUUAUUGUUUCUCAAAAUAACACACCAGUUGGAACCAACAUGAGUUAUGAGGUGGAAAGUAAAACAAGAAUCCAGAUUGGAGAGAACAUCUUUAAUAUGCUUCCAUUGUCCCAGCCUUUUGUGGGGUACCCUUACAAUCAGUGUGCAGUGGUGGGAAAUGGAGGAAUUCUGAAUAAGUCUCUCUGUGGAGCAGAAAUAGAUAAAUCCGACUUCGUUUUUAGGUGUAACCUUCCUCCAACAACAGGAGAUACCAGUAAAGAUGUUGGGAGUAAAACAAAUCUCGUGACUGUGAAUCCAAGUAUUAUAGCAAUAAAGUAUGGGAACUUAAAGGAAAAGAAAGCAGUAUUUCUGGAGGAUGUUGCAACCUAUGGUGAUGCAUUCCUUCUUCUGCCAGCAUUUUCCUUCAGGGCCAACACUGGUGCCUCUUUUAAAGUGUACUACACACUGGAAAAGUCUAAUGCAAGACAGAAGGUUAUAUUUUUCCAUCCCAAGUAUCUGAAAGACCUUGCCCUUUUCUGGAGAACUAAAGGUGUGACAGCAUUCCGGUUGUCCUCGGGUUUGAUGAUUGCAAGCGUGGCGGUAGAACUGUGUGAGAACGUGAAGCUGUAUGGAUUUUGGCCCUUCUCAAAAACUGUGGAAGACACACCUGUCAGCCAUCACUACUAUGACAACAAGCAGCCUAAAAGAGGAUUCCAUGAGAUGCCCAAAGAAUACAGCCAGAUACUUCAACUUCACGUGAAAGGCAUUCUCAAAUUACAAUUCAGCAAAUGUGAAAUAGCAUAA